GGCAGACAGAGGAGUAAGGCAAUGUUGUUUAGAUACUUGCGAAAACCAAUCCCGCAGGAUCUUCUGACUUCACCAGAGGCAUUGCGCUACUUUGAGUACGGCAUGUUUUGGUUGGGAUGGAUGGCUCCUGCCAAGAACCAGUUGCUGUACCACUUUAUAGCUGCAAUGCUUAUAACAUGGAGCAUUGUCUAUCUGCCCAUCGGAAUCAUCAUCACUUGUGUCAAGGACAUCAAUACCUUCAAUCCCAGCGAUCUCCUGACUGUUCUACAGCUCUUUUUCAACUCGUUUGGUACCCCCAUCAAGGUUUUAUUCUUCAAGUUGCACUUUUGGCGAUUUCUAAAGGCCCGUAGUCUGCUUAGCGAAAUGGACAAACGAUGCACUGAUAUCGGGGAACGUUUUGUGGUCCAUCGAUGGGUGGUGCACUGCAACAGGGCCUACCUCAUCUAUCAGUGCAUUUAUAUAUGCUACAUUUUGUUCACUUUCCUAUCGGCCACCAUUUCGGAAGUUCCGCCAUGGCGCAUUUAUAAUCCAUUUGUAGAUUGGCGCGAAAGUAGACAAAACUUCUGGAAGGCAAUCCUCAAUGAGAAGCUGCUCAUGCUGGUUUCCGUCUCACAAGCCGUUUUGACCGAUAUAUAUGCGCUAAUUUAUGGAUUUAUGUUGAGAGCCCAUAUCCAUCUACUGAAAAAAAGGGUGGAAAAAUUGUGCUCGAAUCCCGAAAAGAAAGAUGAUGAAAAUCAGGAAGAUUUGAUUGCUUGUAUCAAAGAUCACCAAUUGAUCCAAGAAUUUGCAUCCAUGAUACAUCCAAUCAUCUCCCGCACUAUCUUCACUCAGUUCCUCCUAAUCGGCGUUUGUUUGGGCUUGUCCAUAAUAAAUCUGCUUUUCUUUGCGGACUUUUGGGCUGGGCUGGCUACAGUUGUUUAUAUCAAUGGACUGAUGAUCCAAACGUUUCCGUUCUGUUUCGUGUGUGAUCUCAUAAAGUCGGACUGUGCUCAUCUCGAGAUGGCAAUAUUUCACUCUAAUUGGUUUGACACCAGUCGAAGAUACAAAUUAUUACUGAUUUUCUUCUUGCAGAACUCCCAAAACUCGAUUGCAUUUACGGCUGGCUCAGUUUUCCCUAUAUCCACCAGGUCAAAUAUUCAGGUAGCUAAGUUGGCAUUUUCGGUGGUUACAUUUGUCAAUCAACUAAACAUUACUGAGCGAUUGUCAAAAAAUUAGAACAUAACACAUAAGU